AUGGUCACUCAUAAUUCUUCAAAUAAUUUUGGUGAUAAUGUCUACGAAUCAAAUUCGCAAACAACUGUUGCUCAGACGCACGAUACAUAUUUGCCUGCCAUGUCUGUCAAUAACGUUAAUAACACAAUUUCUGAUCACAUGAUGUCAAACACUAUCUCUCCCAAUCAACAACCCAAUGUUUCUAAUCAUAAUCAGCGAUAUCAGCAACCCAAUGUCGCUUCACCUAGUUGCCAACAGCAAUAUGAUGCUAACUAUAGUAACGCCAUUUCUAACUAUAGCAAUAACGUCACUACCUCUCCUUAUCAGCAAACCAAUGUUUCUUCACCUAAUCAUAAUCAGCGAUAUCAGCAACACAAUGUAGCUUCACCUAAUCCACAGCAAUAUGAUGCUAUUAAUAACGUCACCAUCUCUUCCGGUCAGCAACCCAUGUCAAACAAUAAUGUCACUACACCUCCUAAUCAGCAAACCAAUGCUUCUUCACCUAAUCAUAAUCAGCGAUAUCAGCAACACAAUGUCGCUUCACCCAAUCACCAGCAGCAAUAUGAUGCUAACUAUCAACAAUACAUUUCUAACUACUAUAGCAAUAACGCCACUAUCUCUCCCGGUCGGCAACCAAACAAUAACGUUACUACCUCUCUUGAUCAAACCAAUGUCUCUUCACCUAAUCUUAAUCAGCAAUAUCAGCAACACAAUGUUGUUUCACCUAAUCAUCAGCAUCAACAUGAUGCUAAUAAUCAACAAUAUAUUCAUCAAACCGCCAUCUCUAACAACACUGAUUCUUUUAUUCUUGGUCUUAAUCACCAUCACAAUUAUCAACAGCCCACUGAUAAUAAUCAUCACAAUUCAAACAACACUAAUCACAAUAAUAAUCAGCAAUCUUCGUCUAAUAAUGAUUCACCCCCGCAAUUUUCUUCACCUCAAUCUGUUAUGUUUCCACUUUCGCUUAACAUUACCAUUAAUUCUCCUCAGACAAAUUUUAUCAUUAUACCUAAUUCGGAUAUUCAGCAAGUUCUUUCUUUUUUGAAUAAUCCUUCUUCAAGGUUUCAACGAUAA